AUGUUGGCAGCCGACGAGAUACCCAGCACUAUCUAUGAACAAGUCUUUGAGACUGAUCAAAAACGACCCUUCAGCGAUACGGAGCCUCUUAUCAUUGAUGCCUUGGAGCCAACACGAUCCCUAUCAUUCAGCUCUCUUCACACCAACGUCCGUGCAUUUGCAGCUGCUUUGAGAAGCAAUGAAUAUGGAAUCAAAGAAGGCGAUGUAGUGGCCAUUUGUUCGACUAGUGAUAUUGAAUAUCCUAUUGCUCUACAUGGCGUUAUGGCUGCUGGUGCAGGGGCAUGUCUUAUCCCGGCGGUGUUGACAAGCAAUGAGAUGGCCAACAUCCUUCGACUAGCGGAGCCAAGAUUGAUUGUUGCACAUCCUGCAUCCUAUCAAACCAUCACAGCAGCUCUCAAGGAGGACGGUGUUGAUCUUCCCAUGGUGUUGAUGAACAACAACAACGACAACAAAGCUGAUGUCCCCAAUCUGUUGGAUGUAUGCAACAAGCAUGAUCCUAAUACACCAUUGCCAAAAGUCAGUCCUGAUACCAACGCCUAUCUCGCAUGUACCUCUGGAUCCACUGCUGCAAUGAAACUUGUGAACAUUUCGCAUCGAGUGGGUGUGCUCCGUAUUCGAGAAUUGGCAGCUACCAUGACACGUACCGCUAACGAACGUGCUCGUUCACUUGCCACCAGCCAAUUUCAUGGCGCCCUUGCAUCUGCCAUCGCAUGCCAAGCGUCCCUCCAAUGCGGCAUUCGACAAUAUGUACUCAAUUCAAAUGAUUUGGAGUUGAUGCUUUCCAAGAUUCAAGAAUUUCAAAUCACAUCCGUUUCCCUUGCACCUUUCAACGUUGUUCAGGCUGCCAAUCAACCAGAGCUCAUCCAAAAAUAUGAUGUCAGCUCCUUGCAAGUGGGAACCACAGCUGGCCAAAUGGUGCGUCGAGAGGAUAAGCUCAAGGCAAAGGAAAACUUGGGAUUGGCUUUGAUGCUCACUUUUUACGGAUCCACCGAAUCCUAUGUCCCACUCGGCUUUAUUCCCCAACAUAACAUUCCAGAAACAAGCGGUAAAAUCCCUGAUCGAGAAGGCUGGUCGGUGAAAUUGGUGAAUGAACAUGGACAAGAGGUCCAAAAAGGUGAAAUGGGUGAGCUUUGGGCAAAGAAUCCGACACUUGCCGAUGGCUAUUACAAAUGCCCUGAGGAUACGGCAGAGGCGUUUGACAAGGAUGGUUUCUUCCAUACCAAGGAUAUUUUCAUCUUGCAAGAUAAUGAUGAAUUCCUAUUCAUUGGACGUAAAAAUGAGAUGAUCUUGACAAAAGAAUCCAAAUAUUGUGCGCCAAAGCCCAUUGAAGACAUUUGUUUGGCAUAUGGUGGUAUCCGCGAAUGUAUUGUGGUUGGUGCACAUAGCGACAAGCUCGGUUAUCAGGUGCCUCGUGCAUACGUUGUUCUCAAGGAUCCAGCUUCGAUUGCUGACAAGGAUGGAUUCACCAAGGAGCUUAUUGCUUAUGUAAACGAGCGUAUAACGAAUGCCGUGAUGCGACUGGAUGGUGGUGUUCGUAUUCUCGAUCAAUUUCCUCGUACGGCUGUAGGCAAAACGGACAUGCAGUUGCUUCGUAACAUGGCAAGGCAAGAAUUGGAAGCAUUGGAGUCAUCAUAA